ACCAAGACUGGAAAUGGGCAAAUCAGUCGCAUCUUGCUGCAGCUUUUCUAUGUUCGCCAAACAUCAUUAGCCCGAUCGUAUGCGUCGCGCAACGCCAACUCGCUUCCGAUUUGAUAAGCUAUUGUUGGCCUAACCCAAAUUGAUUCCCUGGGGGACUUGGUGUUUGUUUCCCGUGCUGGACGCACCACGUAGCCGCGCGUUAGCAGCCACGCAACCACGGUCACGAUGCAGCGCACGCAACAACUCCGAACAGCGACGCAGACACGCCGAAGCGCCCGCACCGGCUUUCCCGAGCCCGACGACUUUGAGGGCCUCCCCGUCCGACAAUGGCGCCAGGAAUGGGUGACCAUUGCGCCGUCCCUGCCGCAGGAGAUGACCCAGCAGGGCGACCGCUGGGCGGUCGAACUGCCGUACGGCAUGCCGAGGGAAUCCCACCUUCUUCCCCCACACAGUCAAGAGCUUCUGCGUGCCGCCAGAUCAGGUCGUCUGUAUAAACGCCCCGCACCCGCAGAGGAGGAGGAAGGCGAUCCCGAGCUCGAUGCUGUCAAGGGUGAGAAGAGAGACUGGGAGCCGCCAAGUGAGGGCUACAUGGUCAAGAUAUGGAAGCAGGUGCCGCGCAACGCGGAAAGCCCGACCAUAUCCCACCUGGCGAAGCGUCACAAGAACACCGUCACGCUCGCGUCCAAGGCGGCAGCCGCGCCGCUGCCAACGGGGCCCACCGUCAUUCGAGCCACCGUUCGCCGGAUAGACGCGGCUGGCAACCCUUACGAACAAACUGUGACCAUUUCCGAGGGCCAGCACGUUGAUGGAGAAAUCAUUUCGUCCACAGUUGUGCCUGCCUCGUCAGCAGUGCAGGGGGAACUACCCCUCAAGCAGCCGACGCCCUCUCGGAGACGACCCCCGCCGCCGAAGCGGAAAGCAAAGGGGCUUGGACGGGGACGCAAAAAGGGAAGACUGCCUUUGCCGUUGCCCGCGACGAGGUCGCAGGCUCCUGCCGCGGAUGGCGCUGCACCGAUCAAGGCCGAAGGGGUUGGCUCUGAUGGCAUCAAGAUCCAGGACAUUGAAGGUAGCGUAAACCAAGACAGCGAGAUGGCGAAUACGUCCGGCGUUCCUUCCGAGGACGAAGAAGGGGAGGGUGGCGAGGGCGAGGAAGAAGAAGACGGAGAGGAAGAAGGUGGAGACGACGAAACUGGCGAAACCUCAGUUCUCCAGAGCUCCAACGGUGAUGCUCCUGGCCAGGAGGCAGAGGACCCGGAGAUGUCGGACGCUGUCCACCCGACCUCUGCUGAGGAACCUGACGAGCCCAGAGCUGCGCCGUCGGAGGUCGAGGACGUCACCAUCCCCAAGCCACCUAAUAUCGCCAACCUCGCCCCGCCACCGCUCGCCCCCUUCAAACUUGAAGGAAGUCCCUUAAAGAACGUCAUGAUCCAAUCGCCUACCGAACCUUCGCCUUUGGUCUCACCGCAAGCAGCGCACGCGUCCUUCCCGACGUCGAGCUCUCUCGACGUACAAUCACGAACCCAGUCCACGGAGUUGGGCUCAGGCGAUACUGUCGUUGAAACAGGGGUUCAAGACAUAUCCACUCGGCCAAUGGACAGUGCAGGUGCAGCAGGAGAACAAGCUGCGGUCCCAGGUGUUGUAGCCGAAAUCCUCGCCCCUGAAACAUCAACUUCAGCGCCGGCUGGGGAGGCCAGCCAAACUACAGCCGCCGCAUCCAACGGCCCACAAGAGACCGCAGGACCGUCACAAACCAGCCUUCCACAGACCAGCGAGCCCUCAGCCUCAUCCGUGCCCGUUACCACCGAAGUUGCCGAUCCAGAAGUCGUACAGCCCGUUGACCCACCAGCCGCCCUUCCCGGAGUCUCCCUUCAACCGCCCGACUCUCCAGCCCUCCUGCCCACGGCCGCUGAGGACGAGGACGACGGGCUCAACCUGCUUGGCAGCCUCGAGCGCGAACUCGAUCGCCAAGAGGGCAUGAGCAAUGCCAGCAGCGGGUCGGAGGCCAAGGCCACGCCAAACGACCACAACAACAUGGCGCCGGCAACGGUGGAAGGACCCACGGCUGCGGACACAAGCGCGGAAGCGACAGCGCCUUCUUCAACUGAUGCUCCUGCCGCUGCCGCUGCUCCUGCUGAUGGUGAUCGUGAUGCUGAAGCACCGGCGCCGGCCGGGGAUGGUGACGAUGCAAGCGUACAGGAUGCGCAGGUUUGAGAGAUAAGGUGUCGAGAUCGUUGAUGGUGGCUCGCACGAUUUGCAAAUUUAUUUCUCACGGGUUGUGGUUUUUGCCUUGUGUUUAUGUUCGCUAGCCGUGGGUUCAUUUCGAUAUCGGAAGCAACACAAUUGGAGGUAGAGGCGUUGGGGCUAUGCUUCCUGGGAUUUGGGCAAGGAGUGGAACGGUUGUUUUGGCUUCUGAUACAUGCACGAAUGGAUCUACCUGCUGAACUGUCCCAAGGCUGGGAUAACUUCUGCUGUUGGUUGGCUACGGUCCACGCCUGGUGGUUAGGAUAAGAGAAAACGCUACACCUGUAUACAAAUGAGGGGGAUACUUCGCAGGUAUCUUUGCGAAGUGGUCGAUAGAAAUGUGUUUGCUGUCUAUCACUCUAGCUCUUAGGGUAGACGGUUGGUC